UCAUUUUCCACUUUCGCCAUUCAGUGGUAUAGAGCUUCGGCUUGGGUCACAAUGAAUCCGUCAGGCAUGGUCUACUCGGUUCCCCGAGUCUCGAGAGUGGUACAAUCAGUGACCCAACGCAGAAGCCUCUCCAACCUGACUACGAAGCGUCCGGUUCGGCAAGUUAGCCCACUACUGCAAUCCCGUGCUCUACACCAAGCUCCUCAACGCAGAUCACAGCCGGUGGCCGCGCAAUCGGCCGGCGCACGAGACUCGUCCAAUCCUGCUCUCUCCUUCCCCUGCCUCGACGCACAAGAUGCCAAAUCCGCCCAGCUAUCUGCCCGGUCGCUGGAAUCCGGACCCGAGCCCUCGUAUACUACCGGUCACCACGAACGAUUUCACUGCGAAGACCCAAUUCUCCUCGACUGGGGUGGUGUGCUUCGCGAGUUCGACAUUGCAUACGAAACGUGGGGCCAAUUGAAUGCCGACAGGAGUAAUGCGAUUCUUCUCCACACUGGUCUUUCAGCAUCGAGUCACGCACACAGCACUGAAGCCAACCCUAAGCCAGGCUGGUGGGAGAAGUUCAUCGGUCCCGGAAAACCCAUCGACACAAACAAGCACUUUGUGAUUUGCACAAAUGUCAUCGGGGGGUGCUAUGGCAGUACUGGACCUUCGACAAUCGAUCCCUCCGACGGCAAGAGAUAUGCGACGCGAUUUCCCAUUCUCACAAUCGAGGAUAUGGUACGGGCACAAUUCCGCCUUCUUGACUCGUUGGGCAUUCAAAAGCUGUACGCGUCUGUUGGAUCGAGUAUGGGCGGGAUGCAGAGUCUCGCUGCCGGUGUUUUGUUCCCCGAGCGCAUUGGCAGGGUCGUCAGUAUCAGCGGAUGCGCACGGAGCCACCCCUACAGUAUCGCCAUGAGACACACGCAGCGCCAGGUGCUGAUGAUGGAUCCCAAGUGGGCCCGAGGCUUUUACUACGACUCGGUUCCACCACACUCGGGAAUGAAGCUUGCUCGAGAGAUCGCAACCGUGACCUACCGCAGUGGUCCCGAGUGGGAGAUGCGAUUUGGGCGCAAGCGUGCGGAUCCCAGCAAGCAGCCCGCCCUGUGUCCGGACUUCUUGAUCGAGACGUACCUUGAUCAUGCCGGAGAGAAAUUCUGCCUGGAGUAUGACCCGAACAGUCUUCUUUAUGUAUCCAAAGCCAUGGAUCUGUUCGAUUUAGGUUAUGCCCAUCAGGUGGAGACCCAGGAGCGAAGAGCGGCCAACGAAGCCAAGCUUGCCGAGGGUGCUAGUGACGCCCAGCAGAACAACAUGUCCUGCAGCUUGACCCUCCCCGCCAAGCCCUAUGAAGAGCAGCCGUCUCAAACCGCGUCCACGCCUUCGAUGGACCAGUCUGUUACUGAAGGCGGAAAGGGACCGGACGCACCCCCACAGGAUUUGGUGCGUGGACUCGCACCACUCAAGGAUCACCCGGUCCUCGUCAUUGGUGUUGCCAGUGAUAUCCUUUUCCCGGCAUGGCAACAGCGCGAGAUUGCCGAGACGCUUCGCGCCACAGGGAACCAGACUGUGGAGCACAUCGAGCUGGGAGAGGAUGUGUCACACUUUGGACACGACACAUUCCUACUUGACCUUAAGAAUAUCGGAGGUGCUGUGGAACGGUUCUUGCAGUAGCGGCGGAAGGCAGGUGAAUCGGAUUCAUCAUCCAUACAUGUACAUUAAUUCUCAUGGGAGAUCGAGGUCUCAUUGCAUAUGUCGGCAUUUCUUGCUUGCGCAGGACGAGUACAUAAAUCAGAGGAAACGAGCCAAAGAACACAGUUCUGA